UGGCAGGCGCUCGCGCCGCGCCGGGAUUGACGGGCGAGCGGGUCCCCGACCCCCACCCCUGAGCGCGCUCGCCCGCCCCUCCGGGGCUGCCCGAGGAGUUCGGCUCCGGCCCGGCGCGGCCUGACAGAACGGGUUGCAGGCUUCGGGCCGGCCGGGUGGCCGGCGCCGGGGGUGAGGCUGCCUGGAAGGGGCGCAGGAGUCGCGCUCGAAGGGCCGAGCAUCCCUCUCCUCGGUCCUCCGGCCCCCUCCCCGCCUCCCCUCCCCCUCCUCCCGCCGGCCGCCCCGCCCCCCGUGACCCCGGCCGCCUCCGGAGCCGACGCGGCUCUUCCUGUGUUAAUUAAAUGCAGUCCUUUUUAAAAGGAGAAGAUAGAGGCAGCAGGUAGCAGUCUGGACUCACGUUUGCACUCCUUCGUCCUCGCUCCCAAUCAAAGAGCACCACUUGGAAGUCGUCAUAAUUCAUCUUACUAAAAAUGCUUUUUAAAAUUUGUUUUGUGAUAUCUCGCCACAGAAUUUGGUUUAAGAAUAGAAAUGUUUUGGUUGUAAAAUGAUUUUUAAGUACAAAGAAAAAUGCUCUGAAAUGUUUCUUGUUUCGGCAAUAAAACAGUUAAUACGCUAAACAGUAGAGACUGAAAUACUGACUGGGAUAGUGCUUUCUGUCUCCGUCAUUUGUGGUUUAAGAAAAGGGGGUGGUGUUCUGCAUUUGAAAGGACUUUAAUGAAUGCUGUCAGUGUUUGUGAGAGCUAAUGGUCAGUAUGGGAAAGGAGAGCGAGGAAAGUGGUCUAGCUGCCUCAGGAUAGGUGGAUGAGAGUUUGCUCUGAUUGAACGGAAUGUUCCACCGUGUUUCAUCUUUAUUCAUUAUCUUUUGUUCUUUUAAAUCUGAUAUAUUGGCAUAAAAGUAAAUGUAGAUAUAUAUAUGAAUGUGGUUUAUUUUCCUUUAAAUCUGUUUGUUGUGUACAGCAGGGCAUAUUACUUGUCUUGGUUGGAUGCACAAAUCUGUGUGCAGUGCUUUUUUCCCGUUGCCUAGACGAUCACUUGGUUUCUCUGAGGAUGUCUGGUUCUCGUAAAGAGUUUGAUGUGAAACAGAUUUUGAAAAUCAGAUGGAGGUGGUUUGGCCAUCAAGCAUCAUCUCCUAAUUCUACAGUUGACAGCCAGCAGGGAGAAUUUUGGAAUCGAGGACAGACUGGUGCAAACGGUGGGAGAAAGUUUUUAGAUCCAUGUAGCCUGCAAUUGCCUUUGGCUUCAAUUGGUUACCGAAGGUCCAGCCAACUGGAUUUUCAGAAUUCACCUUCUUGGCCAAUGGCAUCCACCUCUGAAGUCCCUGCAUUUGAGUUUACAGCAGAAGAUUGUGGCGGUGCACACUGGCUGGAUAGACCAGAAGUGGAUGAUGGCACUAGUGAAGAAGAAAAUGAAUCUGAUUCCAGUUCAUGCAGAACAUGGAAUUCUGAACUGUGGUGUUGGAAUGAUAAAAAAUAUAAACCAGUCAUCUAUAAGCAUUUGUGUAAUGGAGAGAGGGGAAUAUCUUUACAUAGGACUUCCAAUAGUAGUCAAACAUUAUCAUCCUGUCAUACUAUGGAGCCAUGUUCAUCCGAUGAAUUUUUUCAAGCCCUUAAUCAUGCUGAACAAACAUUUAAAAAAAUGGAAAACUAUUUGAGACAUAAACAGUUAUGUGAUGUAAUUUUAGUUGCUGGUGAUCGCAGAAUUCCAGCUCACAGAUUGGUGCUCUCCUCUGUCUCAGAUUAUUUUGCUGCCAUGUUUACUAAUGAUGUCAGAGAAGCAAGACAAGAAGAAAUAAAACUGGAAGGUGUAGAGCCAAACUCAUUAUGGUCCUUGAUUCAGUAUGCAUAUACAGGCCGCCUUGAAUUAAAAGAAGAUAAUAUUGAGUGCCUGUUAUCUACAGCCUGCCUCCUUCAGCUUUCACAGGUUGUGGAGGCAUGCUGUAAGUUUUUAAUGAAACAGCUUCACCCAUCCAACUGUCUUGGAAUCCGUUCUUUUGCUGAUGCCCAAGGCUGUACAGAUUUGCACAAAGUGGCUCACAAUUAUACUAUGGAACAUUUCAUGGAAGUAAUUCGAAACCAGGAGUUUGUAUUACUACCAGCCAGCGAAAUUGCAAAGCUUCUGGCCAGUGAUGACAUGAACAUUCCUAAUGAGGAGACAAUAUUGAAUGCACUUCUCACUUGGGUCCGUCAUGAUUUGGAGCAGAGACGAAAAGAUCUUAGUAAACUUUUAGCUUAUAUUAGGCUACCUCUUCUUGCACCACAAUUCCUGGCAGAUAUGGAAAACAAUGCACUUUUUAGGGAUGACAUAGAGUGUCAGAAACUCAUUAUGGAAGCAAUGAAGUAUCAUUUAUUACCAGAGAGACGACCCAUGUUACAGAGUCCUCGAACAAAACCUAGAAAGUCAACUGUUGGUACAUUAUUUGCAGUCGGAGGGAUGGAUUCAACAAAAGGAGCAACAAGCAUUGAAAAGUAUGAUCUCCGUACAAAUAUGUGGACUCCUGUAGCAACUAUGAAUGGGAGGAGGCUUCAAUUCGGAGUUGCAGUGUUAGAUGACAAACUGUAUGUGGUUGGAGGGAGAGAUGGACUGAAGACUUUGAAUACUGUAGAGUGUUACAAUCCCAAAACAAAAACUUGGAGUGUGAUGCCGCCUAUGUCCACACAUAGACAUGGCCUUGGUGUGGCUGUCCUGGAAGGCCCCAUGUACGCGGUCGGAGGGCACGAUGGCUGGAGCUAUCUGAACACCGUGGAAAGAUGGGACCCACAGGCGCGCCAGUGGAACUUCGUUGCCACCAUGUCCACGCCCAGGAGCACAGUAGGGGUGGCAGUUCUGAGUGGAAAACUUUAUGCUGUUGGUGGUCGUGAUGGAAGUUCUUGUCUCAAAUCAGUCGAGUGCUUCGAUCCUCACACUAAUAAGUGGACACUGUGUGCACAGAUGUCCAAAAGGAGAGGCGGUGUUGGGGUGACAACCUGGAAUGGACUGCUGUAUGCUAUUGGCGGACAUGACGCUCCCGCAUCCAACUUGACUUCCAGACUCUCAGAUUGUGUGGAGAGAUAUGAUCCCAAAACAGAUAUGUGGACCGCAGUGGCAUCAAUGAGCAUCAGCAGAGACGCAGUGGGGGUCUGCUUACUUGGUGAUAAAUUGUAUGCUGUUGGAGGGUAUGAUGGACAGACUUACCUUAACACAGUGGAAGCUUAUGAUCCCCAGACAAACGAGUGGACCCAGGUUGCCCCACUGUGCCUAGGAAGAGCUGGAACUUGUGUUGUGACUGUAAAAUUAUGAUUUUACAUUUCUAUACAUUGUUUUCUAAAUGGAGAUACCCUCAUCCUUUAUUAAUUUAGUACAAGUGUUUUACUAUCAGUGGAAAUUUUUAGCAAAUGUGCAAUCCCACAUUCCUGGGCACAAAGUGCCUCAUCUCAGCGUGAAGAUGUUAAGCCAAGGAAAGAAGGAGUAGAUGGACCAGGAUCAAAUAUUGUCAUUCCUUAGUAAAUCAAGGCUAUAGCUGGUGAACUGUGAACAUGUUUCUAGUGUAAAAUAUGAGGACAGAUCCACUGGUCAAAACAUAAGCCAGUACCAAAUAGGAAUGUCUUUUAUUCAUAGUCAAGCACAUUUUACUUCCUCUACCCAAACUUAUUUUAUUACAGUGCAAAUACAUCAUAUAAAACUGUUAAAAUACUGUUCUGUAAGUUUACCACACAAGUUGCUGUGAUUUUUGUUUGUUUAAUCAUAAUCACUAUUUUAAUAACACUAAAGAUACACUAUUUUUCAGGAAAGCUACAUUGCAUUUACUUUGUUUUUGGAUUUUAUUUCUAAUAUUGGCUUAGUCCAGUGAAUAAAGAGAAACAUUAAAGCAGUAAAUCAAUAGUGACCAAAUACAGAUUUGGUAUGAUCUUUGGGGCCUAUUUCAAUAUUCAUUCCAUUACAUCUAGAGCCGCCAAGAACUUCAUAUAUGCUAUUCUUCAACUAACACGGUGAAACAUGAUAUUUUACAUUAAGUGUAAAGUAUGCAAAUUUAUUGAGAAAAUAAAUAUCAUAUAUUCUGUAAUGUUCACCUAACUAUAUGAAUUAGUUUGCUUUUAUAUUACAAAAGCUGUUUUAUUUUUUAUCUCUUACUGUUGACAAAAGUGUUUCGGGAGUUGUUUAUGUUCUCAAGUCUGUUCGCUCCUCUGCCUGUUUUUUACUGUUUCCAAUAGGGAACCCAUUGUACUUCUCUAUAAUCAAACACUGUUGGGGGGAUGGGCUACCUGUUUGAAAAAUAAGUUUAAAGUGUUUGUUACCCAGAGUUUUGUACAUUUGUAAACACUGAUUACAUAUGUGAAUGUUAAUACUCUUCAGUGAAUUGUCAAAUGUUUGCAAAACAUGCACUGGGCAGUGACAUUUGUGAAAAAUCCUUUACGGUAUAACUCAUUAACUUAUAUCUUAGUUAUAAAAUGAGUAUAAACUAAAUUACCAUCUUUUAAAAUAUGGUGUUAUGCUGAAUGUGUUAAUAUUUUAUAUUAGGGUAGCCUUGAUUUUAGUUGCUUUCUUUAGAAAUUAAAAAAUCUUUUGGGAGGGGUAGGUACAGAGAAUCAAACUCGGGACCUUGCAUUUGCCAGGCAGGCACUGUGCUGCUGUGCCAUAUGCCCGGUCCCAAAAACCUUUUUUUAAGUGAAACAAUUUUAAAUGCACAUGAGAUGUUUCUACCUUGGAGUCCAAGAGAAUGAGUACUUCUGUUCCCAAACAAACGCUAUAGUUUUGGGUAUGAUCACUAAGAAAAGAAUGGUUGUAGUGAUUUAUCAUGUCUUAAUAUUUCAUAUGGUCAUUAUAUUAAGAAUAUGAAUUCAGUUAUUUCCUGACAAGGAGAGAUCAUCUGUGCUGAAGUAAAAGGGGAAAGUGUAAGAAGUGAAUAAGGGGCAGGAUAUAUAGCUCAGUGGCACAGGGCCUGCCUAGCAAGUGUGAGGUAGUGAGUUCAAUUCCCCCACCAAAAAUAAAUAAAUAAAAAAGAAAUGGAAAAGUUCAGUAAUAGAAUCUUCAAUACAUUGUCAUCUCCUUUAAAGACUGAAAUCUGUGAUAUUUCCUUGGGACAUUCAUUGUCCACUGCAACUCACUGUGACCCACAGUAGAGAACAGACUCCUGUUAAAGUAAAGGAACUGAUCGUCCUAUCCAAGGAUUACUUUCCUUUAUGGGAUGUUCUUCUCUGUAAGGGGCUUCUCUCAGGCAGGCUGUAACUAGCAGUAGCACCUGCUCUCAAGAAACCCAUUUCUUUUCAAGUGACAGGGCUUUUGCCAAGAUUUUCAUUUCUCUUCUAGUCCAAGAUUUUUUAAAUCUCAAGAUAAAUGUGGCUUUUUCUUAUAUUCACAUUGCUGCUUUGGCCUUUACGACUAUGCAUUGAGUUGUCCAGGUGGUCUUUAUUUUAACCCCACAAUUAAUGACCACUUUAUAAAAAUAACAUUUGCUAAUAAUUAUUGAAAGCUUACUGUGAACAGGAACCAAGUUUUUGAAUGCAUUGAUGCAUUUAAUUCUCACAACAACUUCUGAAAUAGAUUCUACUAUUAUUCCCUUUAUCUUAUAGUUAAUAAAACUGGGAAACAAAGAGGUUAACAGCCAACAGAUCAGUUCAGAUGUGGAUAGUCUGGCUCAGGAAUGUUCACUCUUACAUUCUUACCUGUAGGUAGAAAAAGAGAGGUUUUGUUUUAUCAAGAAAUCAUUUAUAUUUUAGUAAAAUGAAAAAUUUAGAGUGUUUAUUCCCUUUAAUGAUAAAAUUUAUAAAUAGCCACACACCAUCAGAAAGUUUUGCUUCCUUAGGGUUUGGGGAAAUUUCUGUUUAAAUAUCUCACAUUGUUUUAUAUACACUUUGCUUUAGAAAAGUAAAUGCAAUAAAACUAUACAUUUCAAAUUAUACAAAUACUAGAUACCUUGUAUCAUAUCAUUACAUAUUAUAAAGUUGUUGAUUAAAAAUAAACAUUAUUGCCAACAAGUUAUAACUUAGAUGAAAUAGACAAAUUCCUGGAAACAUAUAAAUUACUAAAACUGACUCACAAAGAAAUAAAAAUAUGAACAGACCUAUAAUAAGUUAAAUCAGUAAUCAGAGAUAUAAUAAAGUCCAAGAUUAGAUCUACUGAUCAACUGUACCAAAUAAGAAACUAACACCAAUCCUCAAAAAAUGAAAGAAGAGUGAACAUUUGGAACUCAUUACAUAGGACCAGCAUUACCUGGAUACCAAAGCCAGACAAGGAUAUCAAAGAAAACCACAGAUUAGUGUCACUUAUAAUGUAGGUGCAAAAAACUCAAUACUAGCAAGUCAAAUCCAACAGCACAUUAAAAGGACAGCCAAAUGAGAUCACCAAAAUACAGGGAUGAUUCAACAUACAAAAAUUAAUCAUAUACCAGUUAAUAGGAUUAAGGAGCAAAAAUACUUCAACAGAGAAAACACUUAAAAUCUUUUCAUAUAGAGAAGGGAGAAAAAAUCCUCAGCAAACUAGAAAGAAGAAAAUUUCCUUAAGCUGAUAAAAGACAUUCACAAACAGUCCUAGCUAACAUAGUGGUAAAACAGUGAAAGCUUUCCCCUCAAGAUCAGGAAAUUGCCUUUUCCCUAGUGCUGGUUAGCACUGAAGUAGAAUUUCUAGCUAGAAAAAUUAGGGCAAAAAAAAAGAAUAAUUCUAAUUACGCAGAACUUAGCAGACAAUAUAAUCUCACAUAUUGAAAAUCCUAAAGAAUCUCAAAGACAUAGGUACUGUUAACUUAAAACUUCAGUGAUGUUACAGGAUGCAAGAUUUGAUACACAAAAAAUCAAUAGUAUUUCUAUACUUUAACAAAAAUCCAAGAAGGAAAUUAAGAAAAUAACUCCAUUUACAGUAACAAAAAAGUAAAACAUUGGAGUAAAUUUAAGAUGCAAAACUUGUAUAUUGAAAAACAGAACACCUACAUAAAUGGAAGACAUCUCAUAUUCACAGGUUAGAUGACUUAAAUCUCUUUAGAGUGACACUAAUGCCACUCACAGUAUCCCACAACAUCCCAAAGGCUUUCUUCCAGAAGUGGGAAAACUGCUCCUAAAAUUCAUACGGAAUUGCAAGGGGCCCAGAAGGACCAAAACAGUGCUGAAUAAAAACAAAAGUUGGAAGACUCACUUUUUAAUUUCAGAAUUUCUUACAAAGCUACAUUAAUCAAACCAGCGUGGUAUUUGUAUAAAAAUAAACACACAAACCAAUAGAAUAGAAUCCAGAGUGAACUCUAGUUAAUAUUCUAUGAGCAUUUGGCUUUUAAUAACUGUAUCAAGACUGUUUAAUGAAGAAAGAACAGUUUCUUCAGCAGUUGGUCCUGAAACUAGAUAAUUCAUGUGUGAAAGAAUAUAGUUGAACUUUUAAGUGAAGAGAUAAAUUCAAAAUAGAUGAAAGGCAUAAAUAUAAGCUAAAAUCAUAAAACUCUUAGAUGCCUUCUCAUUGCUGGCACAAAAUAGCUAACAAGUACAAGAUAAGGCGAGGCUUAUUUUAGCUCACAGUUUGUAGAGGUUUCAGCCCAUAUUCAGCUGGCUCCAAGGCAGGGUAGCAGGGUAGAGGGGCAUUGCAGAGGAGAAACUGUUUAUGGCAAGGCAAGCAGGAAGCAGGGUUGAGAUCAAGGGAAAAGGAGGAAUAUGUUACAGUCCAGGUCAUGCCCACAGUGACCCACCUCUUCCCAUCAGGCUUCACCUCCCAUCAUCACACCAGCUAUAAACCCAUCAUUGGACUAAUCCACUAUCACACACACAUAACUCCUACCUAUGGGCACAUGAGGCUUUGGAGAGACAUCUAAAUACAAACUAUAAUAUUGCCCCAACCUCCAAAAGACUUAUGUACAUCUGUUUAUCCAAAAUGCAAUUAGUUCAUCUCUAAUAGUUGCCAAAGUCGCAACAGUUUUGACUGAAAAGUCUAGUACAAACUCUGGAGACUUAAGGCAAACAGAUAGCUCUAAAAUUGAAUCAUAAGUUAAACAUUUCCAACAUGACCAUGAGAUAAAAGUUCCUAUUCCAAGAGAUAGAAAUAAGGAAGGUAGGAAAAAAUGGAAACAAAGCAAGACCAAAAUCUAGCAGGGCAAACAUUAAAUCCCGCGGUUCCAUGUCCAGCACUCAUGGCAAUUUAUGGCAAGAUAUGAACUCCAAAGGGCUUGAACUCCUAGCCUGCCGCUACGGCACCACCAGUGUUUGCACCUUUCACAACUUCUCUUAGGCUGACUUUGCUAACUCCUUGCUGCUUUCCUCCGAGGAUCCAUGUUCUUGGCUUCUCCAACCUUCUGGGGUCUCUGCUGCACUUUCAGCUUCAGGCUCACAGCUCACACACUGCUUCUCAGGAUCACACUGCCUGACUUUCAAGGCCUUUGUCAAAGUGGAAGCCUUCCUGACCCCACAACUCAUGCAUUCUGCAUAUGCCUGAAACCCACACCAUAUAGGUGAUGCCAUGGCCUGCUGCAAACUGGAGCAGUAGCCAGGUUUCCUUCUUUCUGGGCUGUAAUGUCAGGUACCUGGGUUACUGAACACUAUGAACUAAAUCCCAAGGAAUAAGUUCCCUAGGUCACUGCCAUUCUGGAACAUGGUGCCCUGGGGCUCUCAGAGCAAAGUCUUUUACCUCUGCAAUUUUGAGGCUGCAAGGAUGGAGUCCUACUAGUUCUUACGAAACCCUCAAGCCAUGUUGUCUAUUGUCCUGUUCCAAAGUAAUUUUUUCAACAAUCAAGUUUUCUAGGGCUGCUGCUCCAUGUUUGCAGGCCAUAACUUUACCAGAGCUUCCUUUCUGGAAACCUCUUAAUUCUUCUGAUUUUCAGGGUACAAUUUGCUAAAAGCCCCCAACAGUAGCCAUGCCACUGCCUCAACAUUAGACACCCUUCAAAUUUCUUCCACAAGUUUAAUUUGUCCACUCCCCUUAAUCUCAGGCUCCCGCAGUCUCAGGUCAAGAACAAAAUGGAGACACAUUUUCCACCAGAGACUAUCACACUUGGCCAGGAGUAUAUGCUUCAACAGAGUAUAUGCUGCUUCCCAAAUGACAUCUCCUGAGCCUUGUCUUAUAUCAGCAUUCUAGUCUUCCUCGUUCAUAACAAAAUCUUCCAUCGAGCUCGGCUUCCAGUAUUCUAGGGCUGCUUCUCCAGCUACAUCUCCACAUUGUUCCAAAGUCUACCUAAAAGCCAGUUCUAAAGGCUCCUGAGCCAGAUAGCCAGGUAAUGUCACAGAAAUGACCCUGCUUUUCAGAUGCCAAAAUCUGUCUUAGUUACUUUCACAUUUCUGGGAAAAAAUACUUGACACCUACAAAUUAAAGAAGGAGGGGUUUGUUUUAGCUCAGUUUGUAGUGGUUUCAGCCCAUAGUCAGCUGGGCCCAAGGCAGGAUGGCAUGGUGGAGGGGCAUUGCAGAGGAAAAACAGUAAACCCAUCAGUGGGCUAAUCGGCUGUCACUCACACAUGAUCCAGUCACCUCCCUCAAAGCCCCACCUAUGAGUACAUGAGGCUUUGGAAAGACAUGUAGAUGUAAAACAUAAUACUAGGAAAACAAGCAUAAAUCUUCAUGACCUUAAAGUUAGCAAUAGUUUCUUAUAUAUGGUACAAGGAACAAAAGAAAAAAAUAAAUUGGACUUUAUCACAAUUAAAAGUCUGUAUCAAAGGACAGCAUCAUGAAAGUGAAAAGAUAACACAAUGAAAGAAAAUGCUUGCAUCAUAUAUCUGAUAAGGAACUAAUAUCUGAAAUAUGAAAGGAAUUCCUAUGUUCAACAAUUUUAAAAUGAACAAAAGACUUAAAUAGACAUUUCUUCAAAGAAGAGAUACAAAUGGCCUAUAAGCACAUGAAAGAUGCUCAGCAUCAGUCUAUGCAAAUCAACACAAUAAUGAGACACUACAUGCACUGAAAUGAAUAUAAUUUUUAAAACAAAAUAAGUUAUGGAGAGAAUGUGGAGAUAUUGGAACUUUCAAUUGCUGGCAGGAAUGUAAAAUGGAACAGCUGCUGUAGUGAAUAGUUUGGCAGUAACUCAGUAAGUUAUGCAUAAAAUUACCGUAUGACCCAGCAUUCCACUCCUGGCUGUAUACCAAAAAGAACACAAACACAGACUGUACGGAGUUAACCAUAGUAGCACUAGGAACAACAGCUAAAAGGUGGAAGCAACCCAGAUAUCCAUCAGGAUGAAUGGAUAAGUAAACUUUGGCCAUAAAGAGAAAUGAAGAAUUCAUGCUACAAGAUGGAUGAGCCUCGAACAUGUUAUGCCGAGUGAAAGAAGCAAGACAUAAAAGGUCACAUGUAUGAUUCCUUGUAUACAACAUAUCCAAAAUGUGUAAAUCUAUCCGAAAGCAUAUUAACGAUGGUUAUAGAGUGAAAAGAAGAGAGAAUAGAAAGUGAUUGCUUGCUGAGUAAGAUGUUUUCUUUUGGGAUGAUGAAAAUCUUUGGGAAGUAGUCAUUCAUAAAAGUUUCACAACAUGAUGUCACUAAUGGUAAAUAAUGUUAUGUAUAUUCUACCACAAUUUUUUAAAAACUUUGUAAGGUACAUUACACAUUUUUCAAAAAUUGUAACAAUAAGCAUUACUUGGAUUAAAAUUCUGGAUCUCAAAGAGGAAUUUUUCAGUGUAUUUGCAAAUAAAUGAAUUUUGAAAAUCUAAUGAAAAUGUUCUUUAGGUCUUAAUUCCUAUCUAAGGAGAGAAUGAGAAACAGUGACAAACACAAGGGAGAAGUUAGAGAGUACCUCCCUUUGCUGGAUUCAUAACAGGCAUUUCAUACAUGUUUGGUGAAUCUGAAAAAUACCUUUUCAUACACUCUGUAUAUCACUCCAGAUUAUUGAUACCUUAACUCUUACUAAAAAACAAACAUUCAAUAAAACAAUCAUUUUAUUGUGACUCAAUUAUAAAUCCCCAAGAAAUAUAUUUAUUAUAUUUUAUUUUGUAGCUGGAACUUUUUAGAUCCAAUGAAAAAUUUAAAUGCUACUUUUGGUAUUUUCUCCCUCUCAAUCACCGAAACUUCUGUAGAUUUCUAAGAAUGCACCAACUCUUUCACUGAAGCUUCUGUCCUCACUCUUAAAGACCUACAAAAGCACCAUGUGUGUUUCUUGUCUUCUGGGCGUGAGCCAUUCUGGCAUCGUGUAAACCCUGAAGAACUGCAGUGUGGGUUGUUGGGAGCACUCGCAUCAUGACAGGAUGCCCCUCUUGCCCUUCACUCUGAAUAAUUACCUCCUCUGGGCUUUUGAGAUGCACAAUCAUGGAAGCUUAGGAAACAAAUGUAGUGCCCUGGAUCUUUGCCCAGGUAGAAGGUCCAUUUGAUGACAUUUCUUUGUGUAUAAUAAAUAAUUAAAUUUUAGCUAUUUUAUUUAUAUAAGGGGUUUGUGCCUGAAAAAUAAACUUUGGUUGCACAGGCAAA